UUCAGAGCUUCGAGUCCAAUAUUCUCAGCACAAUUUUCCAACUUUGACACAGCCUGCACUACCAUAAUCUUCCGCCAUGUCGGAGGAAAAAAGUAAGGGGAUUUCUCUCCGAACAAAACGAAGCAAACGGCCCGCCAUAAGUGCUCCCAAACAGAUCUCCGGCCCAAUACAGCAGCCAGGAGGCCCGCCGCGAAGCAAUGGCGGACAAGCAGCAUUUGAUCCCCCUCCCCAACGACCGCAGAUGGGAGGGAAGACGUCCGACUUAGUCAAGCGCAGAUACUCUACCAGAUUCAACAACCUUCCUGCGGAUUACGAUGCAGCCGCUCCCCCGGUACCGUCGAUGCCAUCGCUACCAAACCAAUUCGCUCCGCCCAAUGAUCGAGGACGUGGCCCUUCGCCUGGCAGAGGUCCCGGGUUGAAUGUUGAUGUGAAAGCUUUACGAGAUCCCAACCUCCGACCAGAGCAAUACAUCGCUGGGCUCUUGAGUGAUGCUUCCGAGCAAGAUAUCGACGAAUAUCAGCAGGCUUUGCAAAAGCUGCGGAAUCGUGCCUCAACUGACUUGCAACAGAAUGUGUAUCAAAAUCGAACACAAUUUAUCAAGAUCAGUAAAGAGGCAGAGAAACUGAAAGGAGAGAUGAGGGCACUCAAAAACUUGAUGUCAGACUUGAAGACCAACACAACGGCUCUAAGGGCAGCUUCGUCUCAAGGGCCUGCUGCCUCGAAUGACUUUGAAUCUGGGUUUCCGUCUACCUUGAGUAAGAGAGACAAGCGCAGUUCGGUUGCAGACCGAACUGCAAUGUGGAAUUCCCAACUUCAGGCGCUGUGGAAAACAAUUGAGGGGUCACAGAAGUUUCUUCCAGCAGUACAAGGGCGGCAUGUUGUGCAGAAUGCUGGUCUUUGGAUUGAGUUAGACAAUGCCACCUGGAAAUCUCGAAGAGCUAUGCAGAUUAUUUUGUUGAAUGAUCAUCUUUUAAUCGCAUCGAGAAAAAAGCGUAAGGUUGAGGGUAACGGCGCUGAUCAACGACAAGCACCGUCAAAACUGGUUGCGGAUCGUUGCUGGCCAUUACUAGACAUUGAAAUGGUUGAUUUGGCUGGGACCAGCGAAUCGACAAGCGGGCGGAACAAAGUAGCUGACGCGAUAAUGAUCAGAGGAGUUGGACAGGAGUCUUUUACCUAUCGAACAGAAAAGCCCGAUGACAACGAGAAGCAGUCUUUGAUGAUGAAUUUCAGGAAAGCUGUGGAAGAGCUACGAAAGGGUCUUCGAUCCGAGAUGGAAUCAAGCAACAAGGCCAAAGAGACUAUCAACUACUUUGCCUCACGCGACCCAGGAUUGCUCAAGAAGACUGAACUGCUUGAGACCUUGUCGGAUAUCAAGGAUAUGCUAAUCGAAGUCGACGGUAAACAGCAAAACCUACGCUGGGUGGAGAGUCAAGUAGACGAGCUGGACAUCGACAUCGCCUUGCAACGUUUUGAUACUGCAGUACAGCGUGUUGAGAAGCUUAAUGCCCUUGCCAAAGGCCUCAAGAGCAAUGUAGUUGCACAAGACUUCAUCAGUUUCAAGGCAGAUGAGAGAGCAACGAAGUUGGCAGGACUCAUUACCCGCGAGCUUGUCGACACCCAUAACGAACCCAAGAAAACGCGACGCAACGUUCUCUGGCUUGCUCGACUUGGCUUUGAGGAUCGCGCCAGAGAAGCGUACUUGGAAGCACGAAGCAAUAUUAUCCAGAAAAGAUCGAGGCAAUGCAUCUUUGAAGGAAAUCUCCACCAAUAUAUUUGGGAAGUGUCUUUUGUGUACUUUACCAUUAUCCGCAACACAGUAUUUACAUUCCAGGCUUGUUUUCAAGCGUCAGUGAUGAGUGUUUGUGUCAAAUGGGCCAAGGAACAAGUUGAUGCCUUCAAUAUCAUUCUCGCCAGACAGCUAAGCAGUACGGAGCGACGAGGACCGCUGUGGACGGAGUGUAUGAACCAGGCAAAAGAGCAUGCCAAGAUGUUGUCAGAGGUUGGGUUGGACUUUAAAAGUCUGGUAGGGCGUGAUGUUUCCGAUUCAGGCCAGACUGGAACGCCAGUUGGCUUGGGCUUGGUCUAGUAGAGAAUCACAAAACUUAUCUAGGUCAGCAUGACAAAG